CGACGGGGUCUCAACAUUUUCUCUCUCUAUAAAGUCUGUCUCUCUCCUCUUGUUCUUCUGCAUAAUCUUUUAUUUACUCGUCGUGUUUUCUGAUUGAAGCUAGAGCACGUUCAAAAAUGGCAAAUGCAGCAUCCGGGAUGGCUGUGCAUGAUGAUUGCAAGCUGCGGUUCUUGGAACUGAAGGCAAAAAGGAGUCACCGCUUCAUUGUCUUUAAGAUAGAAGAGAAACAGAAGCAGGUGAUCGUUGAAAAAGUCGGGGAGCCAAACGAAAGCUAUGAGGACUUCACUGCUAGCCUUCCUGCUGAUGAAUGUCGCUACACUGUCUACGAUUUUGACUUUGUCACUGCAGAGAAUUGCCAGAAAAGCAAGAUUUUCUUCAUUGCUUGGUCUCCCGAUACUGCACGGAUCAGAAACAAGAUGAUUUACGCUAGCUCAAAGGACAGAUUCAAGAGGGAGCUCGACGGAAUUCAAGUUGAAUUGCAAGCAACUGAUCCAACUGAAAUGGGGCUUGAUGUUAUCAAGAGCCGCGCGUACUAAGCGGAUAAAACUGAGCCUAUAGUUUAUGGGAUGGUAAAACUUGGGGGGUUUGAGUAGUCACCCAAGUACUUCCAAUACUUCUUAUAUCUUUAAUGGAAUCUAUGCGUACUUGGUAUAUUAUGAUGUUAUUUGUUACUCUAUAUAUUCUAUUCACUGGAUGUUUCGGUUGUAUUUUGAUAUCUACAAGCUGAUAUAUGUAACAACAAUGUGGUCGGGGUUAAUGCUCUUAAACCCGUUUCGGUUAUAUGGACACGUUUUACCCCUGGUUUUUGUUUGGAAGUGCAAUAUAAACAUGCUGACUUUCGUUGCUUGUU